AAGUAGUGUUAUGGUGUCAAGCGCUGCUAUGGCUCGAAGCAAUGGAGACAAGCCGUCGACUUCUUCAAUGGAAGAAGAUUUAGAAAUCGAGCAAUCAAUGAGAAAUGCGUCAAUUAUCGACCACCAAUAUGAAAAGGAAGAAAACAAAAAUCAUCGGGUUCUCAACGCAUUUGACCCAGCGGAUAAGACAACGUUUUCCGAUAUGAUUCAUGUGGAUGUUCCGGAUACGAAGACACUAGUUGAACGAUCGGAUGGAAUCACAAAAUAUACGGCUUACAAUAUUCACAUAAAUGGCUGGUACCAUGGCUCCGUCCGGUUUAGUCACCUCUAUGAAUUUGCCGAACUUAUCAAGCAGAAAUUUUCACAACGAUAUAAGGGACCCGAGUUUCCAGCCAAAAAACUUUUCAAACUCGACCCAAAAGCAAUUGACGAGCGACGACAAAAAAUUACGAAAUACUUUCAAGCUUUAGUCCAACAUCCAGAAGUAGCUCGUCACUAUCUUGUUGAGAAGAAGUUAUUGGGAUUUCAAAUUGACUCAUUUCGUGCCACAAGCCAAUAUGUGACACUAGAUGUUUUUUUGGGAAAUGGCGAGAAAACAACAAUCAAAUGCUUGGUAUCGGAUAGCACACUAGAAAUUAUGAAGAUAAUCUGCGAAAAGCUUGGUUUCAAAAACAAGGAUCAGUUUAUUUAUCACUUUGGUUUGUUCAUGGCAAAAGGACGUGACCCAACAAACGCUUGCUACUCCGUAACUACUGAAAAUUUCAACCCACUGCUAACAAGAUUUCUUCGCAACUUUGAAGCUCCAUUUGUAUCUCUUAGCACAGCAAAUCAAAAAUACAACGAGAAUGGACAUUAUCAUUUCUUGUGUUUAAGAAAACUUAUAUGGGAUAGCCGUGUGGAAGAGCCCCUGCUGGACGAUGGAAAUUUUGUAGAGUUACUCUAUAAACAAGCUAUGCAAGAUUACAAAAAUGGUCAUAUGGAUCCAGUGAAGGAAGAUCUGGACUCAAAAUUGAAAUCAUGUAUGGCUAGAAAUGAUAGUAAGAUGUUCCUCCGCACUUGCCAUCAACUCUCGACAUACUCCUACGAAAUUAUGUCCCCCUGUUCUUGUGACUACCCCAAACCGGGUACUCCGUGUGAAAUCAAAUUUGGACGCCGCCAAAUAAUAAUGACAACCAGAGAUGAAACGGGAAAACCAAAACCAAGUAUAUUCCGGGCAACCAGAAUACGAGUUUGGAGGAUCACACAGGUUAUGGAUAAAAUAUCGUUCCAAUUCGAGUACUUGAUGGCCAAAGACACAUUUGAAUGGAUCACGUUAGACACGGACCAGAGCAUUCUGAUGUCCCUGUUGCUCCAAUCAAUUGGAUCAGAGAUUCUUUAUGAGCACAAUAAUAUGACUAUAGAGCAGCAAGUAAUGAAGGAGAAACAUUCAAAAGGAAACUAUGUGGAGAAGAGUGAAAAACUUCCGCGUGACCCCAAAAAGCCAAUCAUCGUUUUGAAAAAUGAGGUUGAAGAUACGGAUCCCUUGGGUGUAAUGGAACAUUACCACAACUAUAACCGGAUGUUAACUACCAUUUCUGACGGCAUUCCUCAACGGAAUCAGGCAUUCACCGACAUUACAAAUGAUGACCUGUAGAAACAAGUUUUCCGGGUCAAAAACAAAACAAUGGUGCAUCGAGUGAACAACUCUGUAAUUCUUGUCAUAAAAUAUACUGUAACUUAAGAUAUACUUGUUCAACAUCCCAUUUCACUGUAUAACUGCGUUCUUGAAUUGAGCUUUGUUGUCAUUUGUUUAAUAAAAGGUUUUGUUAUGUUCAAU